GAGCGGAGCGGGGGCGAGGAAGGCGGCGCCGCGGGCGGCGUGCGGAGCGCGGCGGGCAUGGACGCCGAGUACCCAGCCUUCGAGCCCCCGCUCUGCAGCGAGCUCAAGCAGCUGUGCCGCCGGCUGCAGGAGGCGUACCGCGAGCUGAAGGAGGACCUCGCGCCGUGCAGGGAUGACCGCUACUACAGGCUGGCACCUAUGAGGCUCUACACACUCUCCAAGCGUCACUUCGUCCUUGUGUUUGUGGUCUUCUUCAUCUGUUUUGGCCUGACCCUCAUCGUUGGGAUCACAGGACCCGAGGUGAUCCAGACUUCUGUGGCUAAUUUUUCACUAAAUAAUAGCAAAAAGCUGAAGCCAAUCCAAAUACGGUCAAAUCCUCUGUCUACGUAUAAUCAGCAAUUGUGGCUGACAUGUGUGGUCGAGUUGGAGCAGUCAAAAGAAACUUCUAUUCAGACAAACUUUUCCAUGACUGUUAAAGUCAAUGGUGUGGCUCAAGAUGGAACCAUGAUGUACAUUCAUAACAAGAUUCACAAUCGGACUAGGACCCUCACAUGUACAGGGAAAUGUGCAGAAAUCAUUGUGGCUCACCUUGGCUACUUGAAUUACACUCAGUACACAGUAACUGUGGGAUUUGACCACCUGAGUCUCCCCAUCAAGGAGAUGAACUUCACAUGGAAGACUUAUAACCCUGCAUUUUCCCAGUUGGAAAUUUGGUUCCGCUUUGUCUUUGUGGUGCUCACCUUCAUCGUCACUUGUCUCUUUGCACAUUCCCUGCGCAAGUUCUCCAUGAGAGACUGGGGCAUCGAGCAGAAGUGGAUGUCUGUCCUCCUGCCACUGCUGCUGCUGUACAACGACCCGUUCUUCCCCCUCUCCUUCCUGGUGAACAGCUGGUUCCCAGGGAUGCUAGAUGAUCUUUUCCAGUCUAUGUUCCUGUGUUCCUUGCUGCUCUUCUGGCUGUGUGUGUACCAUGGGAUACGGGUCCAGGGAGAAAGAAAAUGUUUAACUUUCUAUUUGCCUAAAUUCUUCAUUGUUGGCCUGUUGUGGCUGGCUUCUGUUACUCUAGGAAUAUGGCAAACAGUCAAUGAAUUACAUGAUCCAAUGUACCAGUAUCGAGUGGACACUGGAAAUUUUCAGGGAAUGAAGGUUUUCUUCAUGGCGGUAGCAGCGGUAUACAUUCUGUAUCUCUUGUUCCUGAUAGUGCGCGCCUGCACUGAGCUGCGCAACAUGCCUUAUGUGGAUCUCAGGUUAAAAUUUUUGACAGCAUUGACCUUUGUAGUGCUUGUUAUCAGCAUUGUCAUCCUUUAUUUAAGGUUUGGAGCACAAGUAUUGCAGGACAACUUUGUAGCGGAACUAUCAACUCAUUACCAGAAUUCAGCGGAAUUCUUAUCCUUUUAUGGCUUGUUGAACUUCUAUCUGUACACUUUGGCCUUUGUAUAUUCUCCGUCGAAGAAUGCUCUGUAUGAGUCCCAGUUGAAAGAUAAUCCUGCAUUUUCCAUGCUCAAUGACUCCGAUGACGAUGUGAUUUAUGGGAGUGACUAUGAAGAAAUGCCACUGCAGAAUGGCCAAGCUAUUCGGGCCAAGUACAAGGAGGAGUCGGACAGCGACUGAGCGCCAGGCUGUGGGCAGGACUCGGGGCCAAGUGCCAUCUAUUGGGGACUGUGCCCUGGCUUUCCUCUCUACCUGUCAUCCAGACUUUUGUCACAGGCAAAAGUUUCCUGCUCCUUAUUUGUUUACAUAUUUCUAAAAGAAAAACCAAACCUGAAGGCAAACUUAAAUGUUGGGCCAUUUGUUGUGAAGAUGGCUCUGUCUGGGAAGAGAGGUUGAUAAAAACUUAAAAAGCCAAAUCCUUUUACAAAGAUUUCCAGUGAGAGAGUAUGUUUUCAGUGGCAUGAAAGCAUUUUUAGUAGAAAGAGUUAUGUAUUUUCUUUUUUUAAAUAAUUCACUAAUUCCCAGCUCAUGAACGGCAGUGGUCCACCAUGGCAGUGUUACCCUUCUUUCUUCCUGCCUUCCCUUCCUUCCCCAGGGUACUAUUUUGUUUUGUAUUUUAUUUUUAACACUUUAUGUUCAGAGAGAAGCCUGUUUUGGUUGCUGCCUCCAGUGGGCAGUCCUUAGUGGUCAGAGUCCUGGAUGCCCAGGCGCUGGAAUGAUGACACUGACUGCAUUUGAUGAGCCAUGUAAAGUGUGUCCGGAGGAUGGCAGUGGCCAGCCUCAGCCUUGCACCACCUGAGAAGCAGAAGUAAUAGUGCCAUGGUGACCGAGGCGGGUUAGCGAAACUGAACAGGGCAAGCCUGAGGUAGUGCACAAGUUACCAGCUCUGUGGGCAAGGUCUUGUGCCAUGGUGCUUCCCAAGGCGCUCUGUACAAGUGCGUGCCCUGCACAGACAGGAGCGCAUUUCCUAUGGCUGAAGAGGGCGGUAGUGGGUAGGUAGAUGUGGAUUCCCAUUUCAGUAAAUAGUAAUUUCUCCAACUCUGUGGAAGACAAAACCCCAUACAGCUUUUUUUUUCUUAAAUAAAGACUACAUGAAUGAUUAAUGUUACAGAUUCUUCAUUGCCAAAAAGAUUUUCAGUUUUAGAGGAAAGCAGUGCAGAACAUUUUUAAGUGGCUGUGUGUAGAGGUAACUUGUUUGGAAGUCAUUUCCUGUCCUAGGCGAGUACUGCAGGGAUCAGGUGAGUAGAUGUGUCCCUCUGCAGCAAAGAGACUGCUCUGACACUGGCAAAACUCUGGCCUCAGAGAAGGGCCUGAGAGGCUGCUCCCUUUUGUCACACUUUGCUGCACUCCUCCCUGGCCACCAUGAUAAUGUCUGUGUUACCACAGUGUAACUGUGGGCAUGCCACCUGCUACCAUGUGGGCGAACGCAGAGGCCCAGGGCCUUGAGCUCUUCAGGGACCAACUGUGUCCCUCCAUCUAUGCACCAACUCCGAUUUCCACCCCAAGCUGCAGGCUAGUCCACUGCAGGUGGUGCCAAGACCCUAAAAAUGCUUGGAAGAGACCAUCGUUAUGACUUCCUGUCUUUUUAAUGAUGAUAUACUUUAAUAUUGAUUCCAUUUAUAUUUGUUUCAAAAACCUUGUAAAUACAAAUGUCUGAAUGAGAACUGUAUAAUUGCAAGGGUAAUUCAAGUUUACAUGAUUUUUACAUUCGCAAUGCUGUGAUGACUUUUUGAUUCUAUGUACUUAAAGGUACUGAAAAAUAUGUUUCUGUUACCGAAUUUUUACAACUUCUAAUAAGACUACUUCUCUCAUAAAUAACUUUAUGUAUACUGAGGAAGACUGACCUGUGCUGAUUAACAUAUUCUGUUAUGUGGUGUAGUUGAGAUGCUUUAAUCAUUAUAAAAGAACUGUCACUGAUUUGAAAUGCUGUUGUUUUAUCAUCAAAUGUAAAGAUAUUUGAGGCAUUUAGCCAGAUUGCAGAACUUUUUAAAAUGUCGUUUUAUAGUGUAAUUAAAAACUUAAGACUAGUGUCCUCGUACUUUGAUUUUUAAUAACAUCAGUGAUCUAAAAGGUGAGAGUAUUUUUGUUGGAACAAGAAAAACUUACAAAGCAUGUAAAGAUUAUUAUUAAACCAUUUGUUUCCAAUUUUUCAUCUAUGAUGCAUCGUGUAAUUAUAUACUCUAUGUAAAAAACUGCUUACAGAGCAUUUAGCAUGUAGAAUAUAUCCCAUAGACAUAGGUUAAAAACACUAAAAUCUGCCAGAAACUUGAUAGUAACAAGAAAAUUGUCGUUUGAAGGUGGUAUAGUUUUGCAAAUUUAAAUUAAAAGGCCCAACUUGAGCUCUUUCAUGGUAAUGGCUUGAAUAACAUUGUCUUUGGGAUUCUUUUAUAUUAGCUCAAUCUAGGGGAACAUGGACGACGAACAGAGCAAUUUCAUGGUUUCCCUAGGGAGCGCUUCAUUAUCCACGUGGAUAAUAGAUCUGCUUGAUUUAUUAUUAAAUCAUUACAGCAUGAGGUCGUGGAGUUUCCUCUCAAUCCCCAUUUGAAAGAGUAUAAAAGGGGAUAUAUACAAUCUGUUUAAGUCUUGUAAGGCGGUCACUGUACAUAACUGCAAUAAGUAAGCCAAUUCCACUAGAUAGGCGGGUUACAAGACAAAUGUCACCAGCCUUAGUAUUUUAUGAACUAUUUAUUGAAGGCACAGUUAGGAUAAUAAGCUAUAAUAUGGCCAGUAACAUUCCCUCAAUCCUUUAAAGGAGAAACAUGGACAUCCAUGAAAGGGAUAAUGAAAAGGAAUUUCUCUAUGAACAUUCAAUAAAGACUAGACUUAAGACAGUACUUUGAAGGUUUUAGAAACCAGUUGCCUUAGAAGUUAGAUUGCGGGGGCAGGGUCUUUUCCCAAGGCCAAAGGAAGUUGCUAUAGUCUGUGACAACAUGAGCAUUUUUAUCUUGGUAUUUUGGAUCUGUUGGUAAGUAUAACAUACUAUGAAAAAGAUUGUCUUCUGUUAAAAACUGCUUUUUUACAAAGACUAAACAUUUGUUUAAAAAAAAAAAAAAGACAUACUUAAAGCUCAGAAGGAAAGAGUCCUGUGUACCAGAUAUUGUAUUGUCAGUGGAGCACAGCGGCACCCAGCUGGAGUGGUUGUAAGCAAUUUGACAAAAUUCAAUAAAGUUUAUUUAUGACAAA